GUAUUGUCGUCAAGGAAUAAGGAAUGCCCGCUAAACGAGUGAAGCGGUGGUCAAGGAUCUGAAAGAACGAACUUGCGGAGGACGCAGAGCCUUGGAAGAUCCGGAGAAGAAACAGAACAGAGCAGUCCGAGGGGAAACGGCGGUAGAAAAAGGCCAGCCAACUCAGGGUUCAGGGGAGACGGUGGAGGAUCCCGGCUAGGCGCAUCCUCGUCACAUAGUAUCGGACAGGGGACCCGUGGUGGCUGAUUGUCCCCUUUUGGUGUCGCGGCACAUCCCCAGAUCGACUAAUUUAGAAGCCAUGGCAGCCAUGCUGGAGUCUGCCGUCGCACAGGAGUUGGAGGAUGGAUGGUCAGGGGAGCGGCCUUGCAGACGCUCUACACCACGCUUGUUGGCGCCGUCGCUGGGCGUUGAGCGCCGGCUCGUCGUACGCCUCCACCGGCCAGGUACGCGACAAUGCUCAUUGGACACGAUGACAGCGAUUGUUAAAGUAAUUGGGUGCUUCUGUUGUUGUUACCUGCAAGGUUCAAGCGCGAAACUGGCCUCUGCGGUUGGCGUCUUGGGCGUGUCCAGUCUGCAGUGCGAAGUCAGUCAAAAAACAUCAUGUCUCGUUGCCAUCACCGCCUCCAUGGUUGAUGAGCUGAUUAUUAUUACCAUCGUGCUUGGCAGCCAAACCACCCGGUCACAUAUUUACACCGUUUCGUGUCUCAGAUGGAUACCGAGUGAGACUGCAGGCGAGUCUGGACCUGUGUCCAAGUCCCAGUUCGACGGCCAGACCGCCAGAACGAGGGAACGAGCGCUCUCUCCUGGACAUAUUAUUAUUAUUGCUCUCUGUCGAGCUAGCCACAAGGGCAUCAACGGUCGAAGCGUGUCUAAAAUGGCACUCCACCAGCAAGUGAAGACGAGCACUUGGUCGUUGUCCAGUGUCGCAGCGAAGCCCCUGGAGGCCACGCAGGACCCGUGUCUCCGCAGCCCUAACCCUCUCUGCGCUUAGCCGCCUUCCCUGUCGGGAUCUUAAUUUCCGGCGAUCGUCCUUGCCGGCCUCAAGUUUCAGCUUAAGCCUCGAAUAGUCCCAACUCUAGUCGGCCGCUCGUCCAUCCUGAGCUCUGAAGACAACUCAGACAAUAAUCGUCGCGUUCUCGAGCCACCCAGCCGCAUUCUAUGUGUCCUUUUCUCCCCCUCAGGAUAACUACUUGACAGUACUGCGAAAGAUGGACAGUCGCAAUCACGACACCACGAAUGCUAUCGAGUAGUACAU